GUCACAAAAAUGGUGUUUAGUGCGGAAUAAACUGAAAUAAUCCAAAAUAAGUAUCCAAUACAAUGAAAUGACGGGUUUUUUUCUUACAAUUUAAAUACAAAACUUAUGAAAAACAUAUCUUAUGAUUAUUUUGUACCACAAGCUUAAAAAUUCAAAAGGAACAACUCUCAACACUUGAGUUGCGCAUAGAAAAUUAUCAAAGAAGAAAAGACUGGUUGUAUGAGUAGUGAUCUCAACAAUGAAUUGUGAUAAAAAAGUCGAAUAAACUCGUUCAGUAUUGAAAGCUCUCGUACAAAAAACAAGGAAAUUACUUCUUAAGCAAACUGUGAUGUUAAAUUUCGCUUGUGAGAACAAGUGAAAGUAGAUAGGGUAACAAAAGAAUUUCGAAAAAUGUCUGGACAAAGCAGCUCUCCGAGAGUACGAAAGUCCUCUCCGAACACUAUUAAGCAGGGACCUAUGAAAGCUACGAUACCGAUAGCCUCCGUUCUGAAAAACCCUAGUAGUUUAAAAUGUAUUAGUCCGGCGAUAUCGCCUACGUCCUGCUGGAAAACGAGAAUAUCGCCGGAUCAUCCCUCGGGGCAGAGAAGCCCAGGAUCGACUGUUUACAAAGUGAAAUCGAAACCGUUUGGCGAAUGCGGGUUGGGAAGCGAAAUACGACGUACUGCCUCCCUUGAUACUAUCUACCUGAAAGGGCAGUGGCCCAGGGAUUCCUUUUAUUUGUAUGGGAACAUUUUACAAGUUAACAAAGCGACCCAGACGGACGAUACUGAUCUAUCAGAUUCCCGAAAAAUUCAUAGCAUAAUAGAAGGUAACGACGAGAAACUGGAGAAGGUUAUAAUAAGGCAGAGGUUGCAACGUAACAAUAAGGAAUCGAAUGGAAAACACAACAGUAGCGGUGGACCAAUGCUCACACUUCCGAGUGCCGGGUCUCAGACGAAUACAUUCUACAUGUCGCCGACGACACCGAAGGCAAGUCCCAUAAAUAUACCAAUAAAACCUCUACCAAAACCGACAAUUCGCAAUUCUGUCGAGGGGUUGAAUCAGGAAAUCGAGAGGUUGGUGCUGAAGAGUACGGGCUUGUCUGGGUCCCAAUAUUCUGACCGGAACGAAGAGUAUGACAAGUUUUGCCAAGUAACACCAGAAGGGCAUCGAGCUCCACUGGCCGAAUUACUUAAGGCGACCCGUUCUGUAAACACCCAAACACCGGCAGGCGAUUUCGUCAGCAGUUGUCCAUCAUCAGGUCCUCCGUCUAGAGAUUCAAAUUCUCCAUUAAUACCGGGACAUUUGGAUUCUUCUAGCGAUGCAGGUGGCAGCCAAACGUCUAGUCCAGAUCAGGAAAGCAGCAAAUUCGGCACCUCGCCGCACAUCAACAAGUUUCUGGCACGUGAGCCGCCGGACGGCUGCGAAAAGGUCCACCUAAAGUCGUUGGAGGAUCACCGUGGGUUGAACGUAGACCAAAUUUUGCGACCCACCACUUUUCAGCUCAAACCCAGUCUAGGUUCUGCGUUCCAUUUGCUACAACCAAAUGUACACACGUCUGCAGAUUCUGAUGUACCAUUAGUGCCCUCCCAACAAGACUAAUCGAGAUGUAUUUAUCUGUGCCGCAUUGAUGAGUUAAUUAUCAUGAAAGUAGAAUAGGAGAAAUGGGUUCAAUGCGGCAUGGAUUUGUAAAUUUUGAAAAUCAAUUUUUAUUCAUGCUCUUAUGGACUGUACUUGGCAGAAAUCGACAUAAAGUAUGCAAUGAGAAUUGUUUGUAGUUUUAUACAAAAUUUAUAGUAACGUAAGGAUAAAAAGAGAAAUUAAAUUUGCAAAAAAGGGGUUCUGUAAACUGUACAUUCCAUGUACAAAAUUUGUUUAACGCCUACAGUUGCAUCACUAUGCAAACUGCUAGAACACUGUGAUCUUAUUAAAAAAAAAAAGGGUAUGGGUGACACAGAACCGGUUUUGUUUGUCGAAUAAUACACAUUUGAAGUAUUUUUUAUUAUUUCUUACCUUUGUAACAAAUGUGCCCAUCUUAGUUUUAGCAGGUAAUCUUUUAUUUUUUUAGGUCAGUCAAGAUAGUGUGACCAAUUUGUUGUAAUAUGUACCUUUCUUUAUGUAUGUACAAACAUAUCUAAUAAACGGACUGAUUCUGGUAAA